UCCCUCUGCUCUCCUCUGGAUAACCACACGACCUGCAGCAGCCAAUCAGAUCCCUCCUCAGUGUGUUGGCAUGGUGACAGAGGUCAGAGGGUUCAAUGACCCUCAGAAGGAGGAAUACUUCAGGAAGAGAUUCAGAGAGAAGAAAGAGGCCAGCAGGAUCAUCUCCCACAUGAAGACAUCAGGAAGCCUCCACAUCAUGUGCCACAUCCCAGUCUUCUGCUGGAUCACUGCUACAGUUCUAGAGGAUGUGAUGGAGGCCAGAGAGGGAGGAGAGCUGCCCAGAACCCUGACUGAGAUGUACAUCCACUUCCUGGUGGUUCAGACCAAAGUGAAGAAGGUCAAGUAUGAUGGAGGAGCUGAAACUGAUCCUCACUGGAGUCCAGAGAGCAGGAAGAUGAUUGAGUCUCUGGGAAAACUGGCUUUUGAUCAGCUGCAGAAAGGAAACCUGAUCUUCUAUGAAUCAGACCUGACAGAGUGUGGCAUCGAUAUCAGAGCAGCCUCAGUGUAUUCAGGAGUGUUCACACAGAUCUUUAAAGAGGAGAGAGGUCUGUACCAGGACAAGGUGUUCUGCUUCAUCCAUCUGAGUGUUCAGGAGUUUCUGGCUGCUCUUCAUGUCCAUCUGACCUUCAUCAACUCUGGGGUCAACCUGAUGAAAGAAACACAGAAUUUCUUGUGGUUGUGGUGGUUCCUUUUCUUUAAGAAAAAGGUUGAACCAGGAAGCUUUUAUCAGAGUGCAAUAAACAAGGCCCUACAGUUUCCAAAUGGAAACCUGGACUUGUUCCUCCGCUUCCUCCUGGGACUUUCUCUACAGACCAAUCAGAGUCUGCUACAACAUCUGAUGUCACAGAGAGGAACUGACACACACACCAACCAAGAUAUAGUUAAAUACAUCAAGGACAAGAUCAAUAAGGAUCUGACAGUGGAGAAAAGCAUCAAUCUGUUCCACUGUCUGAAUGAACUGAACGAUCGGCUCACCAUCGACACUAACACAGUGAACACCUAGAACCCGUCUGCACUGGGUGGCCCAACCAGAGGCAUAACUCCUGGGAUCACUGGGACUCACACCCCCAUGUAGGGGAUGUGUGUGUGCACAUGUAUGUGUAAACCUGUAUGAAUAUUAAGUAACCUAUAAAUUAUGUAAGAAAGGGAGGAAAAUCAGAGAGAGAGAAGAAGAAAGUUGUUUUUUAACAUGAGGAAAUGAGCACAAUGUGGUGAUAAGAAACGCCUCCACUUGUGAGGUGAUAAAAUGUAUUUUUUAGUUUUUUAAAAAGUUUUCGAGGCUCUAAUAAAGUUUUCUAGGCUCCAGUGGUUGAACAGGAAAUUGGGAGGAGAGAGAAGAGAAUGACAUGCAGCACAUUCUCCAGGUUGACAAAUAAAACCUAUAAAUAACGUCCUAAACAAAACAUAACUUGCAGGCUUAAUGUAAAACUGGUUGAAAAAUGACUGGAUUAGGAAUUUCUUAGCCUCUGUUUCUUUUCUUUUAUACAAGCAGACAGCAAUAAGCUCAACAACACAAAAGUUUUAUAUUUAUCACAAACUAUUUAUCUAAGAAUCGAUUUCUUCCUGUAAUGGAAAUGAUUUCUGAUUAAGUUCUGUUUCCAUACUUUCAUGAAUUGUUCUUCUU